UCAUUGUGGUUGGGAGUAGGCUAUUCUUAUAGUCCACAAACACGUAUGCUACAUUUACUACAAAAUAGACUUCCUGCUUGAUAAGCACAACGGCUAAAGGAAUAUCAAGAAUUCUCUGAAUUGGUUUCCGCCUGCCGAAGGAGUCAGCGGCCAGGCGCUGUGCUGGUGCUGGGGUGAGGAGCGAAACCUCAUCCAGGAAGUCCUGACAGACAACACUUCUGAAAGUCACACCGACAUCUCCGGAGUUGGACUUAAUGUCCACGGAAGAGUGGAUUUCUCCAGCAAUACGUUCAGUGGUCAUGAGGAGGAGGAGCAAGCUGUAGACUCUCACUGAGCCUGGAGAGAACAGCACACACACCUCACACACCGGCUGCGAGCUCCUGAUGGUCCGUGCUGACCCCGGGGGGUGUGUGUGUGUGCGAGGAGGGCGUGUUCCGCGACCACAGGCUCCCCCUCUCCGCCACAUGUCUAGCCAAUGAUGCCCUCGUCCACCAGGAAGGGGGCGGCGCCCAAGGAGUCGGAGCUGGCCGACCUGUUCUUCAAGGACGACCCCGCCGAGGUGUUCUGCGACCUGCACGAGAUCGGCCAUGGCAGCUUCGGGGCCGUGUACUUUGCACGCAACUCCUACUCCAAUGAGGUGGUGGCCAUCAAGAAGAUGUCCUACAAUGGCAAACAGACCACCGAGAAGUGGCAGGACAUCAUUAAAGAGGUCAAGUUUCUGGAACAGCUGCGUCACCCCAACACCAUUGAGUACAAAGGCUGCUACCUGAAGGACAACACUGCCUGGCUGGUGAUGGAGUACUGCCUAGGCUCUGCGUCUGACCUGUUGGAGGUUCAUAAGAAGCCUCUCCAAGAGGUUGAAAUUGCUGCCAUUACCCAUGGUGCCUUGCUAGGACUGGCGUACCUACAUUCCCAUAAUAUGAUUCACAGGUGAGGCUCCUUUUUAUUGCGUUUCUGGGUAGGAAACUGGAUUUAUCGGAGCCACGUUCCAGCCUCCUGUCUAUAAUCAUCAAGCCAUUAACAUAUUACCUCUGUGUUAUGGUCAUAUAUGCCAGGGUUCAGCUCAGGUCAAUGUGCGUUCAAACUUUCCAGAAGUUAUAAAACGUUUAGUUUUCGAGAUAUGAAUUGUAAACGUGCGUUAGUGUGCGAAAGGACAAAGUAUUGUUGACAUUGAACUCAAGUAUUUAUCUUGGAUGAGGUGGCUGAAUCAC